AUGAAGUUUUUCUUUGUGUAUUUAUUGUAUAUCUUAGUUCCUUUGAUCAGUGCCUUCUCAUGAGUAGAUUCAGGCAUGACACUCAAAAAUCAGAUUCGUAGAACAGAUGUAGAUGUGUUAACAACUGAUGGAAAGUUCAUAAGCCAGUUGAUCUUCAGUGAUGGAGUUAAGACCACUCUCAUGGGCGAAGCGGAAGACAAAGGGAUCAUUGUAAGAACUGAAUCUCCUGAAGACAAUGACCCUCAGGUGUUCGAAGUGCCUCAGAUGGCUUCUAGUCAAGCAUCUUGUGUUUUAGUUGAAGGUAUUUAAAGAUUACUUGUAUUAUGUUGUGAAACCAGACUCCGAUCAAAGCUUGGUCAAGAUUGUGAGUAUCAACUUUGAUUCAGAACUAUCAGAGAUCACACAGCUGAUUUUUACAAACCUAUUUCAUGCAUCUUGGCCAUUGCUAAGAUGCCUAAACUCAGGAGAAAUCUAUUUCAAUGCUAAGAGCAAUGACAGAGAAGUGAUAUGAAAGUAUUCCAUUGGAAGUGAGGAAGCAUCAUGAUCAGAACAGAAUCGUUUCUAUAAAAGCAGUAUGAUCCUGAUUUUAGAUAGCAACAGACUUAUACACACAAGCUACAAAGACCAAGAAAGCGAAACUAUGAAGUCAUUGAAGGUUAAAAUGAUUGAUUACUCACAAAGCGAGUCUUUUUACUUAGAUAUUAUGUUUAAUUUCUUUGAUAUCUCUCCUAAAUCACUUAGUAGCGGUCAUUUUGUAGAGGAUGAGCAGGAAAUAGAUUUAUUCUUAGAUCUUGGAUCUCAUAUUAUCUUAUUCACACUCAACUCUACAACGUUUAAACAUACAGGAAAUGUUUACUCUUUCAACAGAGCAAAUCAAGCAGACUCCUCAUGUCAUCCGACAUCCCGAAUGCAUGAGAAUGCUGGAAAACUAUUCAUGUUCUUGAGCUGAGAUUCUAAAGAUUUGAUCGUUAUCUACGAAGAAGAAUUCCUCACAUAUGAGAUACAGAAAAAGUCAGAUUCUAGCAAAUUGAUUUAUCACUUUGAUAAAAAGAGAUUUUACUUUGCUUACCAGUUUAACUCUUCCUCAAUAAACUUGUGGAACACAACCUACAGCAGCAUUGGGGUUAUCUCAAGCCUUGAGUUGUAUGAGGAUGACUUAUUUAAAAUUGAGAAUAAUGCGAACCUAGUUAUUACUCAUGAGGACUAUUCAUAUGAUUUAAAAGCUUUCCCAUGAAUCAUAGAAUCUUAUGAACAAUUUAAUUUAUACAAGCUAGACCCAAGUUUAGAAGAUAGUUUGUCAAGUAGAAGAGCCAAAUGAAGGACCAAGAUGUUAGAAAAUAUCACUAUAAACAAACAUUUCUUAGAUUUUUCAAGGAUUGUACAGCAUAAAAACUUCAGCCAGAAAAAUGACAUCUCAUUCAAAUUCAAGAAACUAAGGAUGCCGAAUUUAAGUUUUAAUACUGAGUUCGAGCAUUUAAGACUUAACAAUAGCAUAUUACCUGUAAAAUUCACGAAUAUGAAUUUCACUUGAAAUUUCUCUGAAGGAGGUGUGAACAAUUAUAACCUCAACUACACAUUACUCCACUACAACCCAAAGUCUUUUCCAGAAGGGUUGCAGAUAAAAUCUCUUCCUUCAACCCACGUCCCUAAAGACCCCUCAAAGUACUUUGGGUUCGGGAACGACUACUUCUAUAACCUCCCUCAUGUUGAACAAGAAACAACUUUUUACUUUAAAAUUCAGACACAAGUGUUCUUGGAUGAGGCUGAAUUCCAAGUUCAGGUUCAGAAGCAUGAGAAAGUGGUUAGAUUAACAAUCUCUGAAAACUGAGUUGCUAAUUGAGGACAAUGCAUGAGCAUCUGUCCAGAAUGACAAACACCUACCCCGCAAAACAAUUCCGAUCAAUCUGGUUGAAGAAAAUGAAAGUAUCAUUAUGAGAAGAAAGAUCAGGAUGAAACUGUGAUUACCCAAUGAGUCAGACAAAAAGGUUCAUUCGUUCUCCUCUCCUUCACUCACAUCAGCCUGACUGUUGUCCUCUGUCUCAUAGUUGUUCUGGUACUCUUCAGUGUGAUUCCUUAUACUGUACUGUGGAUGAUAGUGGAGCAUUAUCAGGAGCUGAAUAUGUUUUAUCUGGCUUAUAAGUCUUCGAAGGGGUAUCUGGGGUUUGUUGUUACUGAUUUGUACGAAAGGAUAUUCCAAUUCAUGUUUCCCUACUACUUAUUUGUAUUCCCUUUUGAAAUAACUUUGAAAUUUUUGAUCACUCAUAUUGAUUGUUUCUAUGCUCUUUAUGCAUUUGUCGGUAUCUUUCUGUUCAUCUUCGCGAUUGGAAUAUUCAAGAAACCUGAGAGCAAUUCAGGGAUACACUUUCAUAUCUGUCGAAUCUAUUUGGACCUUUAUGUGCCAUUUAUGAUUUUAAUAGUGUUUGAUACAUCAGAUCAAAGAAUUAUUCCUCCUUUGCUGAUUUACGCAUGAUUCAUUAUUUGUAUUAUAUUAUCAUUGUUAUUUGAAACUCUUUUGUUGAUCCAUUGGCCUAGGAUUGUUAUGAAUGGUAAAGCAAUACCAAAUAAUGGACUGAGAUGAUUUUACCAAGGCUUAAGGCAUCAAGCAGGAGGAUAUUUAUACCACCCAUUAGCAAUUUUGAAGAGAUUAUUUAUGAUAUCUCUUUUUGCUAUUGAUAGAGGAGAUUUUCCUUCUAAAUGGGCAUAUGUGACUAACUCAGUGAUCCAAUUUCUUUGGUUGGCAUAUAUUUCAUAUUUAUAUCCAUUCAAGUUUAGGAAGAAUUACUUUCUGACAUGAUGGAUAAACAUCAUUCAAGUGAUAAGUCAAAUACAAAUAUGUGUAAAUUCAAUAGCUAUGGUAUUACCUGAGGUAGUAAACAGUGACUUUAAAAUCAUUCUAGUGCAGCUAACUUUAGUCCCAUUCUCUUACAUCCUUUUCUUGAUACUAUGUGGUUAUACUCUCAUCCAAAAAUGUCGUAAUACCUCCACUUCCAAGUCCCAACUCCUCAAAGCCUUCACAGCCAAAUUUAAGUCCCAAAACAACUCUUCCGAACAAAUCUCUGAAUUCGACCAGCAGCCCUUAGGCACAAGAAGACUUAUUGUUUAA